GCGCUCCGCUCUCCUCUUCCGCAGAGUAUCGCACAGCAGCAGUCAGCGCGCCACACUACCGGGAGGAUGGAUGGAGCGGGCUCGUUUGGAGCGGGCCGAGCCGGUUCGGCCUUUGAUCUGAUUACGUUCAUCAAACAACCACAGACAAUCCUAAGAGUCCUGGCAUGGAUCUUCUCCAUGGUGGUCUUUGCUUCUAUAAUAAAUGAGGGCUAUGUGAAUAUGGGCAGCGAGCGACUGCACUGUGUGUUUAAUAAGAACGCAGAUGCCUGUAACUACGGCAUCACUAUAGGAAUUGUGGCUUUCUUGGCCUGUGUCUUCUUCCUGGCCCUGGAUGUUUAUUUCCCCCAGAUAAGCAGUGUCAAAGACAGAAAGAGAGCAGUGCUGCUGGAAAUGGUCUUUUCAGGAUUCUGGACGUUCCUUUGGUUUGUUGGAUUCUGCUUUUUGGCCAGUCAGUGGAGUCACACGUCCCCUAAGGAGCUGCCGCUGGAGCAGGCGUCAGACGCAGCAAGAGCGGCUAUUGCCUUCUCUUUCUUCUCCAUCCUUACCUGGGCGGGCCUAACGGUGUGCGCCGUUCAGAGGUUCCUGCUCGGCACUGACAUGACACUGUUCACCUCCGAGCACAUAGCCGGCCAGCCGCCCAAGCAGCCGUACCCCUCCAACGACGUCAUCGGUCAGACCACCAUCCCCGUCGACGCUUACCAGAGUCCACCGCUCAUCGAAACCGUGGAGACCCGCCCCCCUGGAUACAAGAUCCCGCCUGCAUUUUAAUCCACAACCAAUCAGAAGGCAAGGAAUAUAGCAGCGCUAAAGGACAGAGUAUAGACUGCCGUCAUUGUUAGCUAAAUGUAUCGUACCGUAUCGCGUUUUAGUAACGGGUGGUGAGGGGAUGAUGCUCACCUUUGUAGUCCGCACUAUAAUACAGUCUGAUAAUGUAUAGUCUCACUUUAACUUGAGCAAAGAUGGAUGUUUUGGGUUGAUUGUCAUUGCCUGCCCAAAUGUUUUAUAUUUGGCUACAAUUGUCAAAAUCACUAUGUGCUACUUAUUUAGUAAAGCAUUUUAUUGUUGUUUAAUUAAAGAAAUGAGGAAAUAAUUAAAGGUGCACUAAGUAUUGGCUUUUGCAUCAUGCAAAAACAGAAGUUUUUGGUUUUGGUAAACAAUUAAUGACAGAAUUUAAUCACCUUAAAUCUGGUAAUUCAGAAGAAGCUAAGAUAAAUUAUAACUUUUUUUGGCUAGUACAUAUUUAAUCAUUGCCAUUAAUUGAAAAUUUUCAUUUUUAUUUUUUUUUUAUGAAAAAUCAUUUUCAUUAAUAAGGUAAUUGAGAUAAAGUUGACUAAAUAAAAUAUCAAUUUUAACUAAAAAAAAAAAAUAUAUAUAUAUAUGUAGAAAACUAAAGUUAAAAUGAAAAGUGAAAAAAAAAAAAAAAAAAAAAAAAAAAAAAAAAUAUAUAUAUAUAUUAUAAAGCUAUGAAUGAACUAUACUAUAGUAAUAAAUAAUACUAAACAAAAAAAAAUUUAAUGGUUAGGGUUAGGGUUGCUGUUGCAAUGCUAAAAAUAAUUUCUGACCAAUUCUAAAAUAAUAAUUUAUUAUAAUAAUUAAAUAAUAUAAAUUACAAUAAAACAUAAUGAAAAUACUAUAAAAUAACUAAAUUAUCUAAUAGUAGGGGGUGUACAGAAAUAAAAAUGAAUAGUGGACCACUAUUAUACAGAAUAAUUUUUUUUUUUACUUAAGAUGAGUCAUAUUUAUAUACAAAAUUUAGAACAUAUUUUACAAAAAUAUUCAUUUCUUUUAGGGUGAAACGUUUUCCAAAUUGCAAAAGUUACUUGGCGCACCUUUAAGUAAAACAAAAGGAAAGAGCUUUUUUUUUUAUUAUUAUUUUUGUGUUUCUGAUUAUCAAAUGAGACCGUUUUGGCACAGCUGAUCAUCAGCCGUUCCAAAUGAAGUUCUGUCCACGUCAUUUGUGUCAAAAUCUGUUUUUGUUCAGAGAGGAUUAGCAAAUGUGUUUCUAAGUACUUUCAGUAUGUCACUAUAAAGAGAGAAUGAGAAAUGAUGAAGAGAAUGAGCAAAUGAGUGUGUGAGUGUGUUUGCUGGUGGACUCUAGUAGCAGUCAGAGACAUUCCGGAUGAGAUAACUGAGAUUACUGGAACAGAUUGUUUACUUUAUCAAGCAUACUUGUGCAUAUAUGUGUGUGUGUGUGCGUGUGGAUGGGUGGGAAUGCGUGUGCUUGCUCUAAUUCUGUCUAAUUGCAUGAUAUGGUAAAAUGCCACAAAUUCCCACAGAAGCAGAGAUGUGAUUGUUAUAUUUUGUUAAUGGAAGAAGUUACAGUGGUUAUUAAAGUCUUUAAGAUGACAUAUACAGUACUACAGGGUCCUGAAUAAAGAUGAAGCAGUACAGUGAA